GGGCUGCGCAAGCUCCCUGACUAGAUAGGGAAAUGCAUGAAAAGCAGUGAGGUGACGGUAUAUUUCUAUGCCCGUGUUUUAUCUGCUAAUUGUUUUCUGUAUCAAGUGAUCGCUGAAAAUAACAUCUGGAAGUAAAGUAGCUUGUUCGCUAAUUUGACAGUGUUGUUAGCAGCCUUUGUACUGUAGCCAACUAGAUAACUGUACGGUCAACUGUACGGAGAGUUUAAAAAGGACAGGGGAGUGUUCGAAUGAAACGCAGGAGGGUUUGAUUCUUCUUGAUCAUGAGAUCUUUCACUCUUGUGCUCCUGCUCUGCCUAGGCUAUGGUCACCUGACGACUUCAUAUAAACAUUUCAUGCAAGUGUGGUCUAAGCUGAUUGUGACUCACCAUUGGCCUCAGACAUUUUGCAGUAUGGAACAUUGUAAUACACAUUUUGACUACUGGACUUUGCAUGGACUGUGGCCAGAUAAAGGAGGCACAUGCAAUACAUCUUGGCAUUUCAAUGCAAGUCAAAUAGAGGACUUGAUGCCAGAGAUGAAAAAGUGGUGGCCUGACCUGUUGCAUCCAGAUCCAUCUAAUUCCACUGUGUUUUGGAAGCAUGAAUGGCAGAAACAUGGAACAUGUGCUGUCCAGUCAGAGGCCUUAGACAGUGAACAUAAAUACUUCAGUAAAGCUCUGGAGCUGUACCACAAAUUGGACCUUGAUGGGGUAUUAAGGAAGUCCAACAUUGUCCCAUCAGAAAAAUUCUACAAUUUCGACGAUAUUGAGGAGGCCAUUCAUGGUUUUUACAACGUUAAACCAAAGAUUCAGUGUAUCCCACCAAAACCGGGAGAAAAUGUGCAGACCUUGGGGCAGAUUGAGAUAUGUUUCAACAAAGAUUUCCAGCUAAUUGACUGUCAAAAGUCGGAGUUGGACAACAGGAACCAACAUAAUGACAAUCUGACCUAUGGUUUCUAUGGGAGCACAGGGUAUAUGGUGUGUCAGGAGAACAAGGAGGUUUACUACCCCCCCUUAAUGGGGAAGUAUUAAGCAUCGGGAGAUGUUUGAAAGUCUUUUUUUUUUCCAGUCUACUGUUAUACUCUGAUACAGGAAACUAAAAUGAAAAUACAUACAUACACUUUGAGUUAAAUGACAGGUACAGAAAUUGUGCUCAAUUUCCAAUCAAAGUACAUUUAGAAAACGAUUCAUUAUAGAACAAACGGGUUUCAGGCAAGUUUAACUUGAUCGCACCCAACUCUUGUUUCCUAGCUUGCAUGUUGCCUUCCAGAAUUUUGCCUUCUAACAGCUUUACCUGGAUGUAUAUUUGAAUACAGGACCAACUAGAUAGUGAUUUUUAUUUUCCAUCACAUUUAUAAAAUACAAAAACAUUGGUUGCUUAGCAGACACUCUUAUCUAGAGCAGCUUGCAUACCAUAUAAGUGUAAUGUCUGUUUAUACAGCUGGAUAUUUAAUGAGGCAAUUUAGGUACAUUUCCCACUGGUGAAUCAAACUGGUAACCUGUGAGUAACAAGCCCUGUUCCUUACCACUAUACCACACUGCUGCAAGUGCUGGAAAAUGGUCAUAAGAUAAGAAUCAAAUGGCAUCAUGAAAGGGAAUUUGUGCUAUUUUUGACAAUUUUAUGGUAAGCCCAGUGAUAGACAGUCAUGGUCUUAGGGUUCUGAAGUACCUCAUUUUUUUUUUUCUUCCAUCCAAAGUUUGUUUUAUAAUUUGUUCAAUAAUUAUUUUAAGGCUAGGUAGCAUUUUGAAACACGACAUUCAGCAUAUCACCAUUUGAACAGACCUUGAAUGUCUGUUUUGCAGCAUUGCAGUUGGAGUUGCAUAUAGUAACUCAGGGAACAGCCAGUGAAAACAAACAGGGAGUAGACUGACUGACUUGAGUUCCAAAUAAUCUCACAAGUCUUGGAGUGAACUUACAAUUAGAUUUAGAGCGUCUGACUGACUGAUUGUGUGUGGUACAGUUGCAUUUCAGACGGGUGUUGUGAAGCCAAGUAGUAAAGGACCUCUUCUGUUGUUGAACUAACUGCAUUUCUUUCUGUGCCAUGGAGAUAGUGAGAGCCUUGAAAAACGUACAUUUUACUUCAAGUCCAGGAAAAUAAUACUGCGUGACUCAAUUAUUUUUAGAUUGAUAACAGCAACCUUAGCCUUCCAAUAGUUAUCAGAGGGGGGACAGCGCUUGAAUGUUUAUAUGACUUUGUGCAAAAAUGGUGAUGUUACCCUUGAGUCAGGGCAAGAAUAUAGAGGGUCUCUGUUU